AUGUCCUAGGUUGAAUAAAAGCAAGCAAUUGAACUUUUAGCUUAUAAAAAAGCAUACUUACAUGCUCUAAAAUAUGUAAAAGAUGACGUUAUUGGAGUGUUAACAGGAAAGAUAGAGAAUGGAUAAAUUACCGUUGAAGAUGCUUAUCCUCUCUUCCAUUCAAGAGUUGUUAGUCCUACUUUAGAAACUGCUUUCGAACUUAUUGAAGGAGCAUUGAAAAAGAAAAAGUAGAUUAUUGUUGGUCUUUAUGAAGCUCUUUCUCAUCCUUACUAAGCAAAAUAUUUAUCAGAAAUAAGCACAAGAAUUCUUGAAAAAAUACAAAAAAAUUUAAGCAAAUAACCUAUUGCUUUAAGAAUAUAUGAUGAAGAUAAGUAGGAUUAGCAAGAAGAAAUUUAAGAAUACCACUAUUUGACAUGCGAAGGAUAUAAAUUUGACUUGAAGGACUCUAAAAAUAUAGAUGCAAACUAUGAAAAGAUACAAGAAUUAAACCCAUAAAAUGGCUUUGCUAAAUUUGAAAUUAUUAAAAAUGAUAUUUCCUAAAAUAAGCAUCGUUUUAUUGUAGAUUUUGAUGCUCAUUUUGAAGAUAUUUCCUUAGACUUUACUAACAGCUUCUUAUGA